AUGAAUAGAAAAUCAACUAUGUCGAGGCCGGUGUUCUUCCCCGACGAUCUCAUCGUCGAGAUCAUUUCAUUACUUGCUGUAAAACCUCUUGUUCGAUUCAAAUGUGUAAGUAAUUCUUGGAACACUCUCAUUUCCGAUCCUAGUUUUGAGAAAUUCCAUCUCAAGAGAACAACGAGAUCAGGAAAUACACACUUCACACUAAUCACUCAGCACCUCACACCCAUCGAGGGAGAAAGAAGUUACCACGGUGAUUGGAGUAUCAUUCCAUACCCUAUAACUCGUUUAUUUCAUAACCCCUCGUCCACCAUUGUCACUGAUUCUUCUCAUUAUUUUUUAACCGAUUGGGAUUACCCUGGCUCUCGCUUCAUUGGUUCCUGCAAUGGAUUACUCUGUUUGCUUUAUCUUGAUUACUCUUACACCCAUGAUACUUACUGGUUCCGAUUAUGGAACCCAGCCACUAGAAAAAUAUCUCAACAAUUUGGAUAUUCUCAUCAUUCCAGAUCAGGCUUUACCUUCAAAUUUGCCUGUGAUGAUUCCACAUGCACUUUUAAAGUCGUUGCGUACAGCUUCGUCCAGGGUCGAUAUACAAGCCAGGUGAAAGUUUUUACUAUUGCUGAUAAUGUUUGGAAAAAUAUUGAUAGUUUUCCCAUUGUUCCUCUUGCUUUUGAAUAUCAACGUUGGAGGAGUAUUUGGUCGGAUGGUUGUGUGUUUUUAAAUAGUACUCUUAAUUGGUUGGCUAUUCACAAGGACAUCCAGAAGGACCUCCACAACGAGUACGCACCGAACUUCCACAGCAAUUGGGCUUCUCUUAUAAGGGACAUUACUCUUGACGACCUUGUUAUUGUUUCACUUCAUCUGGGGUCGGAGACAUACAAUCGAUUUCUAUUGCCUAAGGGUUUUGAUGAGCUGCCACCUGUAGAGCCAACCAUUAGUGUGUUGGGGGAAUGGCUUUGUUUUUCUUAUUUUCACAAGGGAACCGAUAUGGUUAUAUGGAAGAUGGAGAAAUUUGGAAUUCAAGAGUCUUGGAUUCAAUUUCUUAAAAUUAGCUAUCACGUUCUUCGCUUAUACUAUGACUUCAGUUACAAUCGUCUUCAAUUAUUGCCAUUGUUUCUUUCUAAGGAUGGUGAUUCAUUAAUAUUGUGCCGUACUACUUGUGAUGAAGGGGAAGCAAUUAUUUAUAAUUGGAAAGAUAAUAGUGCGCAGCGAAUAGAAGUUAAUGUGCACAAAACUAUUAUUGAUGAUAAAAAUCGCAAUUAUUUAUACAUGCGUUUUGCCAAUGGUUAUGUUGAAAGCUUAAUUUCGAUGAAACAUUCUAAGCUGCUGGUUGAAGAAACUGUCAAGAAUCACUCUACAUGCUUUAUUCGUGGGCUGAAAAGAAAACAAUAG